UGACCAGAAGUCUCGUUCGGGCGGGACGAAGUCUUUUGUUUUUCAGCAGAAGCAGAGACGUUGAAAACACGACGCCGAGCUUUCAGUAGAAUCGUGAGAAUGUGGGUCUUGAUUCUGGUGCGUUACAGAGAUAGACACCGUAAGUAGACGAGACGAGGCCAAAUCGACUGGGGUUCCUUUGGACCCCUCUGGACACGCGAGGAUCUGUUUCCCAAUGGAUUCUUCUGGGAACGCUUCACACUGUUUCCCAAUGGACUCUUCUGGAAACGAAGGCAACUUAAAUCGCAAGAUGAAAACAGUGGCUCUGAAUGAUGGUCCUGCUCCUGACAUCUCCACUGGACAGAAGGAAAUGUCACCUGGAGACAUGCUGAGAAUUAAACAGCAGAUGUCCAACCAGUGCUUUGAGAUGGCAGUACAGGUCCAAGCAGAUAAAAGUAAAAGAUCAUGCAGCACAUCUGAAGCAGACCGAGAGUUACCAGAUUACAUCAGUGAACUUGAAAGGGUCAAAACACUUCAUUUUAACAACACAUUGUCACUGCACAGAAUGCAGAUGUGGCACGCUGUGGGGGAAAAGCUAAAACAGAGUGAUCCAGAGGCGGAGGCCCUGAAAACUGUGACUGAACGCUGCAUGGCUCUUUGUUCACAAAUAAAACAUCUUCAGCAAGAGUCAAGAAAUCUUCAAGAUGAAAUAACAGAAAUACAGAAGACAAGACUUGAAAUGAAACGGCUCACACACGAGAAAAUGAGACAGAUUGAAGAGCUGACGUCAAAGAAGGAGCAUGCAGAUAGAGAAAAGUACAAAGCUGUGUUGGAGAAAGGCCAAGCGAACCUGGAGAAAUAUAAAAAGAUGGCAGUCAUGACACAGAACGUCCUGAGGGGAAUCCUCUUGGCCUGUAAAAUCAACUGGCUGGAUGAUCCCUCACUUCGAGACAUCGCCAUGAGCCUGGAGGAGUUUCCUAUCUCCGACUAGAGCAGGAUUAUCGUUAUCGCAUUUAUGUUUCUGUAUGGUAUUGUCUAAUAAACAAACAUUCCAAAUAA